AUGUCCAUCGGAGGCAGCAUCCAUGAAAGGGUGAAGCGGAAUGAAGAAAUAACCCGUGGUGACCUGCGGAAGGCCCGCAGCGACCCCUCUUUCCAAAUCGACGAUGCCCCGGACGGUUACAGCGCACUUGCCUGGGCAGUCAUGUUGGGCAACCUCACCAACAUCCGACUCCUCAUCAGCAGCAAGGCGGAUCCCAGAGCACGAUACAAAGACCAGUCUCUUCUUCAUAUGGCAGUCACUGCUAAGGAGAAUGCCUUUGAAGUUGUUAAGAUCAUUCUCAAGGACGAGUCCGUUGACAGAAACGCGCGAGAGGGGCGCAGACCCAACGACACCCCGCUCAUGACGGCGCUACGAAACCAGGCAGACCCUCGGAUCAUUGAUGCUUUGAAGAAAGCGGGAGCUUCCGAAACUGUCAAGAACAGCAACGGAGAAACGGCCAAAGACAUUGCCAACGGCCUCAUCAGCCCCGGGAUCACCGCGCCUCUUGAGGAUCCCGAGAACCAGGGUUCAAUCGGACCUGCGCUGGCCAAGUUCAUCAUCUCCGCAGUGCUUCUGCUGUUCGCAUACUGCAAGCCCUGGAAAACCCUCAAGGAUGCUCUUGCUGCAGCCUUCAAGCAGAUCAACAAUGAAAUCGGUAAAACCAAUCCUGGGGACAAGCCUCAGAAGCCACGGUUGCCAAGUUCCUACCAGGACUGCGUAGACUCAAUCAGGAAGAUCAUCAAAGACAUGGGUCUCGACGACACAUACCCACCGGACCAUCCGUUGAUCGACGACAUUGCCGACGAAGCAUGGGAGAGACAAAAGGAUGCAGGCACAAAGACCGAGGAUCCGGGCGAGUUCAACGAGAAGCUGCGUUGCGCCUUGUACCAGCCUAUCCUUUACUGCGAUGACAGUGGGUCCAUGGAAGGAAAUCGGUGGACCGCCCAGACUGAUCUUGUUGACGACAUUGGCGUGCUGAUGAACUCAUUUGCCCCUGAGAACAUGGGUGUGCACAUUCGCUUCCUGAACAGAAAUGACGGGGGUCUCGACAACGUCCGGGGCAGCGAUAUCCGCGGGAAGUUCAACUUCAAGCCUAACGGAUCCACCAAGCUGGGAACAGGCCUCAACGAAAAGAUCCUCAAGCCGUUUGUGUACGAUAUUCUCGACAAAGAGGAGGACUUCAAGAGGCCGCCUCUCAUCAUCACAAUCACAGACGGCGAACCCAACGAGGAAGAUCAGAACACAUUUGCCAACGGAAUAUCGACCUGCAGUCAGAAAUGCUCUGCGGCGUAUUAUUCUCCUGACUUUGUCAGGUUCCUCGUUAACCAGGUUGGCGACGACGCUAAGGCUGCGCUGUUCCUCGACGGACUCCAGAAUAUCAGCAAGGAGAAGAAGUACAAGGAUCUUCUUCACGUUACCUCAGAUAAACUUGAUCAGAAGUAUUACGAGCUUCGAAAGAACAAGAAGGAGCUUAACCUCUGGCUCUUUGAGACAAUCUUGCCUCCCCUGCCCUGA